AGCUCCAGCUCUAAUAGGAUGAACAGCCGCUCGUGUGUGAAUGCUCCUUCAUUGUUCAUUUUCUUCUUUCUUUCAUAUUCUCGCGGACUGAUCGAUCAGUGAUCGGAUGUGAUCGGGCUUUCUGAUGGAUUUAUCGAUGUAAAGACGCUGUCAAACACGGUCAUCUCGUCGAGUGCUGCAUUAAUUAAUUACAGUCCUGUUAGUCUGAAUGAAACGCUGAUGGACUGUCACAUCAUGUGGUCACGUGAAGUUGUUCUGGUGCGGCUGUGCCAGUGAAGGUGCCAGCUGUGAGCUGAGCUUGAGAAGAGAUCAUGCGGUCGGAGGUGCUGUUACUGUAUUUCACGCUGCUGCAGACGGCUGGAGCCGCUUUCCCAGAAGACACGGAGCCCAUCAGUAUUUCACAUGGCAACUAUACUAAACAAUGUCCAGCGUUCAUUGGUCAUAAACCAGGGAGAAACAACACGCAACGACAUAAACUGGAUAUUCAGCUGAUCGUCAUCAUGAACCGGACUCUGUAUAUCGCCGCGAGGGAUCAUAUAUACACGGUUGACAUCGAGACGGCGAACACAGACGAGAUCUUCUUCAGUAAGAAACUGACCUGGAAGUCCAGACAGGCCGAUGUGGACACAUGUAGAAUGAAGGGCAAACACAAGGAUGAAUGCCACAAUUUCAUCAAGGUUCUUCUUCAACAGAACGAUGACUCGCUGUUUGUGUGCGGAACAAAUGCUUUCAAUCCGUCCUGCAGAACGUACAAGAUGGACACGCUGGAUGCUCACGGUGACGAAAUCAGUGGCAUGGCCCGCUGCCCGUAUGAUGCCAAACAUGCCAAUGUGGCCCUCUUCGCUGAUGGGAAAUUAUAUUCGGCUACAGUCACAGAUUUUCUGGCUAUUGAUGCGGUGAUCUAUCGCAGUCUGGGAGACAGUCCGACUCUGAGAACUGUCAAACACGACUCCAAAUGGCUGAAAGAGCCGUACUUCGUGCAAGCAGUCGAUUACGGCGACUUCAUCUAUUUCUUCUUUCGGGAAAUUGCUAUCGAGUACAACAGCAUGGGGAAGGUUGUGUUUCCGCGCGUGGCACGUGUGUGUAAAAAUGAUCGCGGCGGCUCUCAGCGCGUUUUGGAGAAGCAGUGGACGUCCUUCUUGAAGACGAGACUCAACUGCUCGAUUCCCGGCGACUCACAUUUCUACUUCAACAUCCUGCAGGCAGUCACUGAUGUCAUCCACAUCAAUGGACGUGAUGUUGUCAUGGCAACCUUUUCUACGCCAUAUAACAGUAUUCCCGGCUCGGCGGUCUGUGCGUAUGACAUGACGGAUAUCGCAACAGCCUUCACUGGACGCUUUAAAGAGCAGAAGUCUCCUGACUCCACCUGGACACCCGUCCCAGAGGAAAAGGUGCCCAGACCGAGGCCUGGAGUCUGUGCAGGAACUUCCUCUGUAGAGAAAUUCAAAGUGUCCAACGAGUUUCCCGAUGAAACGCUGAAUUUCAUCAAGAUUCACCCGCUGAUGGAUGAGGCCGUUCCCUCCAUCGCAAACCGCCCGUGGUUCCUCAAAACGAUGGUUCGAUACCGUCUGACUCAGAUCGCAGUGGAUAAUGCCGCCGGUCCCUAUCGUAACCACACGGUUGUUUUUCUGGGUUCGGAGCGAGGAAUCGUCCUUAAGUUUCUGGCCAAGAUGCGGAGUGGUUUCCUGAACAACAGUCUGUUUCUGGAGGAGCUGAACGUGUAUAACCCAGAGAAGUGCAGUAUUGACGGCAUGGAGGACAAACGUAUCAUCAGUAUGCAGAUUGACAGUCGGAGUCACUCGCUGUUCGUGGCGUUCACGUCAUGCGUUGUCAAAGUUCCGCUGUCACGCUGCGAACGGCACGCAAAGUGUAAAAAGUCCUGUAUUGCCUCCAGAGAUCCAUACUGCGGUUGGGUGUCAGAAGGAACGUGUAAAGAGAUCUCAGCCGACUCAAAAUGGUCUUUCGAGCAGGACGUGGAACAGGGCAACACAGAUGGACUGGGUGACUGCCAAAAUUCCUUUGUGGCGCUCAACGACCGUCAGUCCAGUCAUCAGGCCAAUAUUACCCACAAUGCUCCACAUGCAGGACGUGGUUCGUCCACUCUCCUCACUACAGUCCCGCCCACCUCGGGGGGUCUGCUGGGUCGCGGCCGUAUGGUGAAGUCGAUGGAUCCUCCGCUGCCCAUCGAUAAGAGGGACCCAUAUAUCGCAGUGCCGUCUUUAACACAGCAGGAGAACGCUGGUGUGAUCCGCGAAACGUUCCAUCGAGACCGCGAUCAGAUGGUUCCAGUCACCCUAUUAGCCAUCGCUGUCAUCCUCGCCUUCGCCAUGGGUGCCAUCUUCUCAGGCAUCAUCGUCUACUGUGUGUGCGAUCACCGACGGCGAGACUUUGAGAUUCCUGGCCGCAAGGACAAAGACUCUGUUCAGUCCAGACGAGGCUCCAUGAACAGCGUCACCAAACUGACAGGACUCUUUGAGAUGCAGGCAAAAGAUGGCCGCCCGGAGGCCAUCCUCACCCCACUGAUGCACAAUGGCCGCAUGGCCAAUGGCAAGAUGCUUAUCAAGGCGGAUCAGCACCUGGAUCUGACCGCGCUGCCCACGCCGGAGUCCACGCCCAUGCAGCAGCGCCGCAAGCCUAGCCGAGGGAGCCGCGAGUGGGAGCGGAACCAGAACCUGAUCAACGCCUGCACCAAAGACCUGACGUCCAUGGGCUCUCCGGUCAUCUCCGACCUGCCGCUGCGGGCGUCUCCAGGUCAUAUUCCCAGUGUGGUGGUGCUGCCAUUACCUCAACACCAGCAGGCGUACCAGCACGAGUACGUGGAGCAUCCUCACCGCGUAGAUCUCGUGGACGACCAGACCGCCACACUGGAGUACAAAGCCCUCAAGAGCCCCUGUCACAGCCUCAGCACGUCAGAGAGCGAUGACGUGCCACCGCGCGUUCCACAGCGCGAGGCUUCUCUGGCCUCCGUCAUUCCACCCGCCGUCCCGCAGAUGGGCAAGAGAUUGGACAUUUAUGGCUGCGGAUAUCCCAUGAGCUCAGCCAAGAGUUCCGGCCUCAAGAAACACAACACAAACUCGUCCAACUCGUCGCACAUGUCCAGAAACCACAGCUUCCGUGUGGAGACGCCUCCGCCUGCACCGCAGAGAGUCGACUCCAUCCAUGUCACGUCUCCUCCGCCAAUGCUCGGCCUCUCGCGUCACUCCAGCCUGAGCUCAUACGGCUCGCUGCCACGUUGUGGAUCCCGGCAGCUCAAACCGGACGUCCCGCCCAAACCAUCGCUUGUGUCUCUUUCCACGAAAGUCAAGUCCAGCGACUCCAUGCGAUAAUCCAAGCGGAUUAAGAUGUGAAAGCAAAACACUUAAGUGCAUCUGCUUUGUACAGUUGUGUACAGGAAAUGCAACUCACUUUUUCCUCUUUACACAUUUUUUUUAAUACAUUUAUGAUGAGCUCAGGCUGGAGGACAAACAUCUGCUACUGACAGAAGAACUCUUAAAGAUUAGUGAGCAGCUCAUGAGAUGAGAAUGUAGCCACGUUGCUGCUGAUGUUUCAUUUUCUGCCAAAAGCACAUCAGACGGGCGAAUUCAGUCAUGAAGCUGCAAAACGCCCAAGUUAUCAAACACUUGGACACGUUCAGCACAUUCAGACUGAAACCGCCGCUGGAGUUUACAAUGAAAACUGUGAAAAACAAACGCCUGUCUCAGUGUUACCACUACUGGACGAAGCAGUCGAGUUCUGCCUUUGUGCAAGAGUUAAAACACGUCUACUGUAACUGUUGACUAAACAACACGUGACUGUUAAUACUAAUAGCAGGCUGUAUUUAUUUUUCAAUAAAGUGCUUUUGGAGAAAGAGUGACUUUUUAGGCUCAACAUAAGGCAGGAAAGAUCUUUUUAAUUUGAAUUAAUCAAGUGUGAAAUUAUUUAAAGUCAUUAAACUGGAGCCAGUAACUUUUGUCCACUAACUUUUUGGAUGUUGCUAAGUGAACUCUACGAGAACUGAAGGAAUAUUUAUCGCCCAGCGCCGGAGGGGCUCAUGAGUCGAGCUUAAAGCUCACCGAGUGAAAUCAGAUUUACAGGAACAACAAUCCCGACUGGAACUCCUGCAUCUCACCUCCACAAACAUCUCCAUGUAUCACCUGAAGCGCAAAGACAAAAAAAUGAACGAAAGCGAAGGAUGAGUCGCACUUAGAAAAACAAGAAAGAGACUAAUGUGUGGAUGUUGGUGCUUUGCCAGCGAGCGAAGACGCUUCGUUUGCUUGGAAACUUAUCAUUUUCAAACGGACCCUUUUGUUGAUUCAUUUCAGUUUGAAAUCCUGAUUUCGUUUCUUCCACCUGUAAAUUUGUGCCUUACACCCAAUAGUGAUGAGUUUAGCUGUUAACUGUUAACUUGUAGUUCUUAUGAUGAAGUUUGUUUCCCUCAUUUAAUUAAAAAAGAAGAAGAAGAGAAAACACAAAAACAAAAGUAAUUAAAGAAUGUAGGUGUUGUCGUUGUCGACUCUGGUCCCUUUGCAAACCACAAACGAUCUUGUGCUUCAUUUCUGAUAAUUGUGCCAAUGAAACGUUCACACAACCCUCUCGUUGUGCUGCAAGUGUCGAGAAUGUUGUAUUUUGGUUUUAUUUUGUUUCGUCUGUCAUUUUUUUACUUUCACAAAGUCAAGAUGAUGUUUUUACACUGUUUGAUAGCUGAAUUGAUGUAAAAAGACCUCCGUUGAUCUGGCUGGUUAAAGGCAAUAAGAGAUAAAACACAUGAACAAAUCUAAUAUGAUGUCUCUCCCAAACACACGUACAUAUGCUUUUUAUUGUAUAUGACUUAACAGUUUUUAGGCAGUGAAAACAGGCUGGCUCCUGUAUAGAUAUGCACUCAAAUAACAUUAGGAAACUGAUUAAUGUUUUCAAUGUUUGUGACAGAUUCCGAUUAAUAUAAUUUUCUAGCUCUAUCAUUGUGAUGUAAUAUGAGGGAUUCUUAUUUAACUGUUUUAACACGUUUUAUUGAAUAUUUUCGUGUCCAGGAAUCGAGCACUCCUCGAGUUUCGGCCUUGUAGUCGUUAAAUUUGCAUGUCGUCCACAGCUACUAAACGACAAAAGAAAUGGAUUCAACACAAGUUAAUUUCAAUCGACAGUAUUUGUGCCAUAAUGUUGAUUACCACAAAAAUUAAUUUCGACUCGUUCCUCGUUUUCUUUUAUAAAAGCACAAAUGUGUGUUCCAGUGAGACACUUACAAUGGAAGUCAAUGGAGUCAAUUUUUGGAGGGUUUAAAGGCAGAAAUGUGAAGAUUAUAAUUUUAUAAAAACACACAUUAAUUCUUCUGUUGUAAAGUUGAUUAAAUCGUCAUUUAUACGGUUGUUUACUGAGUUACGUUGAGAACAAAGUAGUAAAAUUGCCUAUAACUUUCCACAGAUGUGGUUAGUAAGUGAUUUAAUCACAGUAAAAUCAUGUUAACACACAUAUUGUUUAUGUCUUGUGUCUAUACUUUUGAAACAGUGAGUAUUUUAAUGUUUACAGAUUGACCCCAUUGACUUCCAUUGCCUCGUUGGAACACAAAAAGAAAAGGAGGGAUGAGGCGAAAUGAAUUUUUGUGGUAUUCAAGGCCGAAACAUACGCUACACAAGUAUGUAAACGUAGACGCUUCUAGCUACACCAGCUCGAUUUCAUGCUUUGUUCAUAACACAAUGCAUCUUUUUAGCUUUUGUGGUGAGUUUUAACUCAACUACUGUCACAGUGGAGCAACAGUUUGAUGAGGAAAUUGCCCUGUAAGUUAAAGUCUGUAUAUCUGUAGCGACCUAAGCAUCUGCCUAUGUGUACUUGCAUACAGUGUGUUUCUGGUCUUAAAAUCAGGCUGUCUGAAUAUUCUUGUAAACUCCAGCCAGAGCAAACUGUGUUCACGAUGUGUUUCAUACGGUUCAUAUCACAGUCAUGUGUGUGGACCAAGAUUUGUGUUUGUGCCUUUGACGGUCACCCCGAGAUACUCGAGACUUGAGCUGGAAUUCUUUCAACGGUUUGAAUUUGUACUCUUGUAAGAUAUCGUUUUGUUUCAAGGUUUCUCUGGCCCUCCCACAUCGGAUUCACAGCUAAAUGUAUGUUGUAAAGAAAUUCUCUUUAUUAAAUGGAAAAAAAGUAAUAAAAACAUUUCAAAUUCUUGUCACAAA